CUUCUCUUCCCCCCACUACGAGGACGAUUCCUCCCCCUGCGAGCUACGCGGACGAUGCCCGGCACCUGGAGCGCAAGCGAGCACCUGCGCGUCCUCUCGAGCGCGCUCGAGCUCAGCGCGACGCUGCCGUACACGGCCGGCGUGCACCUGGUCGGCGGAGAUGAUCUGGGGGUGUACUACCACACUGGCGGGGAGUCGGGCGAGGCGCGCCUCAUCGACUUUUGCACCGCUGCGGAGGGCGACGUCGCGAAGUUGGCGGCUGCGUGUGCCCCGGCGUCGUUCGGGCUGGGGCCGGCGGACGUGCUCGACGAGAGCUACCGCAAGGCGGGCAAGCUGGACGUCAACAGAUUUGCGGCGCGGCUGGAUGUCACCGCCAGCGGGAUCCUGGAGGCCGUCAGUCCAUAUCUGCUGGACGGGCGGGAUGCGGACACGGAGGACGCCGUGCUGGUGGCAGAGAUGUACAAGCUGAACGUGUAUGGGGCUGGGUCGUUCUUCAAAGACCACAAGGACACGCCGCGGAGCGAAACGAUGAUCGGCUCGCUCGUGGUCGUGCUCCCUUCUCCCCACACGGGCGGCGCCCUCACCCUCUCUCACGGCGCGCACACGGGCCACUUCGACUCGAGCGCGCUCCUCGCGGGCCACUCCCCCUCCACACCUUCCGUCGCGUACGUGGCGUUUUACAGCGAUGUUGUGCAUGCUGUCGAGCCUGUUCUUACGGGCCACCGCGUCACACUGACCUACAACUUAUUCGUCCGAAAGCGCACUCGCGCAGGCUAUACACCUGGCAGCCGGAUCGUGCCCGCCCCGGAACAGGCGCUGGAGACGGCGCUGCGGGCGCUCGUCGCGGAGGCCAAGUUCAUGCGCGCGGGCGGGCUGCUCGCGUUCGGACUCAGCCACCAGUACCCGGCGCUUACCGAGGCGGGCGCGGCAGACACCAAUGACAACGCGGGCGACGAGUUGAACACAGGUUCUCACGCGUAUCUGCGCGACGUCCUGAAGGGCAACGACGCGCGCGUGCGGUCGGCUGCAAGCCGGGCGGGGCUCAGCAGCUUCGUGCGCCUUGUGUACGACACGAAGGAGUACAGCUGGAAAAAGAGGAAGCCGAGGCAGGUGAUGGCGGAGAGCGAGAUGGAGCUCGAGUGGCUCGACACGGAGUUCAGCAGUCUGACUCAUGCGAUGAAGCGGCGCGGGCGGGUGCUGGUGCCCCAGGACGAGCAGGGGCAGCCGGGGAGGCUUUCCCCUCGCUCGGACGAUGAUGAGGACAUGGACGAUGAAAAUGACGACGACGCAGAGGGCGGGGGCGAGCCGGUCGACUGCCAGUGGGUCACGCCCCGGAAGAAGCACAACGAGACGCCGUCCCGCUAUAUGGCGACCGGAAAUCAGGCGACGAUCGCGUAUAUCUAUGGCGAUGCGGUGCUGUUCGUGGUGGUGCCGCCGCUGGGAAAGAAGGGCACGCCGCGGGAGGAGGUUAAGCCGUCGGAGAGCGAUGUUGAGGAGGACGGGGGAGAUGACGAGGAGGAAGAUACGAUGGAUGAAGAUGAGGAAGAUGAGGACGAAGAUGAGGACACAGAGUGA